CUCCCGCCCGCCCCCGCCACGUGACGGCCGGCCCCUCCUCCUCCCCGCGGCCGCGCGGCGUCGCUCUCCGGGUAUUUGAACCGCGCUUCCGCCAUCUUCCUAGCGCCCAGUCACGGAGGGGAGCGACGCGGUGAGAAGCCUCGCGAAAGACCCAGCAUGGCCGCCCAAGGAGAGCCCCAAGUGCAGUUUAAGCUUGUUCUGGUUGGUGAUGGUGGCACUGGUAAAACAACAUUUGUAAAACGUCAUUUGACCGGUGAAUUUGAAAAGAAGUAUGUAGCAACGCUGGGUGUUGAAGUUCAUCCCCUGGUGUUCCAUACUAACAGAGGCCCUAUUAAAUUUAACGUAUGGGACACAGCUGGCCAAGAGAAAUUUGGUGGGCUGCGAGAUGGCUAUUACAUCCAAGCUCAGUGUGCCAUCAUAAUGUUUGAUGUAACAUCAAGAGUUACUUACAAGAAUGUACCUAACUGGCACAGAGAUCUGGUACGAGUAUGUGAAAACAUCCCUAUAGUGUUGUGUGGCAACAAAGUGGAUAUUAAGGACAGAAAAGUCAAGGCAAAAUCCAUUGUCUUCCACAGGAAGAAGAAUCUCCAGUAUUAUGACAUUUCAGCUAAGAGUAACUACAACUUUGAGAAGCCUUUCCUCUGGCUUGCUAGAAAGCUAAUUGGAGAUCCAAACUUGGAGUUUGUUGCCAUGCCUGCUCUUGCACCACCUGAAGUUGUUAUGGACCCAGCACUGGCAGCACAGUAUGAGCAAGACUUACAGAUUGCUCAAACCACUGCACUGCCAGAUGAAGAUGAUGAUCUGUGAGGGAUGAAGCUGGAGCCCAGCGUCAGAAGUCUAGUUUUAUAGGCAACUGUCCUGUGAUGUCAGUGGUGCAGCGUGUUUGCCACUUUAUUAUCUAGCUGAGCAGAACAUGUGCUUAAUCUUUGGGAUGCUGAAAGAGAUGAAUGGGCUUCGGAGUGAAUGUGGCAGUUUAAAAAACAAAAAAAAACCGCAAAAAAAAAACCCCCAAAAAAACCCAAACAAAAAAAACCCCACCAAAACAACCAAACAAAACAAAAUGAAAAAAACCCACCUUCAUAUUUUGGAUCUGCAUAUUUAGCUGUUUUUUGGACUGCAAUUACUUCCCCUUUUGAGUUUCAAAUAUAAGACUGCUGCAGUCACAUCAAAGUGUUAAGUGUAAAUCUUGUUUCUGUCAUUCCCAUUCUUUUUUGUUUAGAUAAUAAAGUUGUAUUUCAAGUA